GCAGCCACACCGGUAUCCAUACCCCGAGGCACCUCAGAACUCUCGUUAUAUACACAGAAACUAACUAGACGAAAGAUCGAAACCCGCCUCAAAAUGAAGCCCACCUCCCUCGCCAGCGUUUUCGCGCUGCUCGCAACCGCAGCCUUAGCCCUGCCGACCGAGACCGAAGAGAAUCACCUCGAGGCCCGCGUGCUGCAACCGCAAGUGUACGGCCGCACCUGCUACUGCGGCGAUAACUGCAACACCGUGUCCUGGCUGUAUGCGUGGGAAUGGAACGACGGCGCCUGUUUCAACUUCUACACCGGCAUGUCGGCCGCCUGGAUCGAUGCGGGAUCCGCCUGCACCUUCUACAAUGCGGCCAAUUGCCAGGGCAGCUACAUGGCGUCCUCGAUGUUCAUGUGA